GUAGACUGGUGGAUUUUCUAUUAUAUCUAUUUUCGGCAGCCGAUAAAAUGUAUUGUUUUGCCGAUAGCGUUUCGGCCGUUUCCGUUUUCAUCGUUCGCCGUCAAAAAGCUAAUCUAAUCUAAUCGAAUAUUUAAACUUGUUUGAUGCAAUAAAAUGUCUGGCUUUGACAUAUAGUUACGAUACAAUACGCACACAGCCGCUGUAACUGUCGAUAAUCAACAUCAAACGUGUCACGUGUAUAAUAGUUGUAUUAUUAUUUUAUUAAAAUGUCAAAGCGUAGUGCCGAUUUUAUGCAAAAUUUUCUUAAAAAAAAAAAAUGUGUCAUUAAAGACAAUGAAAUGGUAGACGACCCAGCUCCCAUUUCGUCAAAUCAACCUAUGAAAAAUGUAGACAUUGAUCCAACAUCAAAUCAAAACAAAGGUACUGUAGAAAAUAUAAUUAUAGAUAUUGGUAUUGCAUUAAGUUCAAAAUCAACAAUUGAUGAUUUUACUAAAAAACAGUUACUUGAAAAUCAUUGGAAACCACCAAUAGGUUACAAUUUUCCUUAUUCAAGUCACACAAAAAAUGGAAUUCUUCGUAAACGAUUUUUGAAACAAGAACAUAUAAAUAAAUAUUUUUGGCUUGUUUUUUCGCCUUCAGAAAGUGGAUUAUUUUGUAUUUAUUGUUCUAUUUUUCAUAAUAAAACUGGUCAUGGAUUUAAUAACCAUACUCAAUUAAAGUCAUUAGUAGUUGAGCCUUUAAAGAAAUUCGCUAAGUUAUUAGGAAAGGAUGGUUACCUUGAAACGCAUGAUAAUAAUUUGUACCAUAAAAAUUCUGUACUGAACGGAAAACAAUUUUUAAAAUCGUAUAAUAAUCCAGAGCUAGAAGUAGUAAACCAAAUAAAUUCACAGCGCCUAAAACAAGUUAAUGAAAAUAGAUCUAGACUAAAACCUAUAGUUGAAAGUUUGAUUUUUCUCGGGCGGCAAAAUAUUGCUUUACGUGGUCAUCGCGAUGAUGGAAGCGUUAAUGAUCUAUCUGAUAACCCAUUAGAGAACGAAGGAAAUUUUAGAGAGCUUUUAAAGUUUAAGAUAUUAUCUGGAGAUAUCGCAUUGGAAAAUCAUUUAAAAAAUGCUGAAGCAACAGCUACUUAUAUAAGUAAAACGACUCAAAAUACUCUUAUUUCGAUAAUUGGAAAUAUGGACAAAUGAAAAAGAAAUUCCAAAAACAUCAUUAGAUAGCUUUUGAAAGAUGUGAUUCCGAAACCUUUCCAAUUAUUUAUAAUUGUUUUCUCAUACUGCUGACAUUACCAGCCACUUCAGCAACUGCGGAACGAAAUUUUUCUUCUCUUCGCCGACUAAAAACUUGGAUGCGAUCAAGAAUAUCCGAAGAACGCUUAAAUGGACUUGCAUUACUUAACUGUUAUAGAAAUAUUAGUAUUGACUGUGAAGAAGUAAUUGACGAAUUUGCCAAAUCUAAAAGACGAAUGGAUUUUGUUCUGUGAUCAUUUUUUAAUAUUUAUUAUAUUUUAUUAUUAAUUAUUAUUUAUUAUAUAUUACGUGUCAUUAUUAAUUAAACAAUUUAUAUUACUUAUCUAAUUAUUUAAAAGACGAAAGGAUUUUGUUCAGUGAUCAUUUAUUAUUAAUUAUCUAAUAAUUUUAUAUAUUUUAUUGUACUGAUAAACUGGUAUUUAAAUAAUAAUAUUUAUCUAUUAGCUUACAUGGUAUGUACAAUGUUUUUAUAAUACUUAGGCCGAAAUUGUAUUUAAGAUGGCCCCCCCCGUAAAUAUGUUUUAGAUCCGC